AUGAAUAAAUACGAGCACGACCUGGGUGUCAUCGCACGCCACUGGCGCAACGCAGUGGCAGCGCUAAGCUCUCGGAUUGCUUCAGUGGUUAAAGGCGCUCCGCACUCAAAGCACGUUGACACGCGUUUAUCAGAGCGUGGGGGCGCCACAAACGGAAUCGCAGAGCGCGUCCCGAUGUCUGUUAUACAGUGGCGCGCCGCCCCACACCCCAUCGGCCGCCCCACCCCGCCCGUGGGCUGCCUCGCUCUCGGAAAUGCCGAGCUU